UUUCCAUUGUGCCCCAUAGGUUUCGCCCGCUCCUUCGGCCUGGUUCUACCUGGGGGUCAGAGACGGGAAUGGGUGAAGCCCAUCAUGUUCAGUGGGGGAAUUGGGGCCAUCGAGGAUGGACACGUCCACAAGGAGACCCCACAGCCAGGGAUGCUGGUGGUGAAGAUUGGGGGUCCCGCUUAUAGGAUCGGGGUCGGGGGCGGAGCUGCCUCCUCCAUCCAGGUCCAAGGUGACAACAGUGAGGAGCGGGAUAUUGGGGGGCGUUCAACGCGGGGACCCCGAAAUGGACAGAAGCUCAAUAGGGUUUUACGGGGCUGUGUGGAAUAUGGGGCCAAAAACCCCAUAUGUAGCAUCCACGACCAGGGGGCUGGGGGCAAUGGGAACGUUCUGAAGGAGAUCUGUGACCCCGCUGGGGCCGUCAUCUACGCCAGCCGCUUCCAGAGGGGUGACCCCACACUGAGCGUGUUGGAGUUAUGGGGGGCCGAGUACCAGGAAUCCAACGCUCUGCUGGCCCGACCCCAAGGGAUGGAGCUGCUGGAGGCUUUGGGGCGACGGGAGCGAUGCCCCAUAAGUGUCGUGGGCUCCAUCACUGGAGAUGGGAAGGUGGUGCUGGUGGAUGACCUGGAUGCUCCGGUGCAGGAGGGGGGGUCCCACGAGGGGCUGCCCACCCCCGUCAACCUGAAGCUGGAAUGGGUGCUGGGGGGCAUGCCCCGAAAGGAGUUCCGGCUGCACUCGUCCCCCCCCCAUUUAAUCCCAUUGUCGCUCCCCCCUGGUCUUAAAGUGGCCGCGGCCCUAGAAAGGAUCCUAAAACUGCCGGCGGUGGGGAGUAAGAGGUACCUGACCAAUAAGGUUGACCGCUCGGUUACAGGCCUCGUUGCCCAACAACAAUGUGUGGGUCCCCUUGACACCCCAUUGGCUGACGUGGCCGUGGUGGCUUUAUCCCAUUACGAGCUUAUGGGGUCGGCCACGUCUAUAGGGGAACAGCCCAUAAAGGGGCUCCUGGACCCCGCAGCCGGAGCCAGGUUGGCCCUAUGUGAGGCAAUAACCAACCUCUGCUUCGCUCGGGUCACGGACAUCAAGAAUCCUAUAGGGUCUCUGCUUUGGGUUGCCCUAAAUCCGGGCCAGCACCGUUUGGGGGGCAGCGCUUUGGCCCAGGUCUAUUCCCAAAUAGGGGAUUCCUGCCCCGACCUCGACGACCCUAAAACACUCGUGGCCGCUUUUAGGGUCACCCAGGAGCUGCUGCAAGACCGUCUGUUAAUGUCGGGCCAUGACGUGAGUGACGGCGGCCUAUUGACGUGUGUGCUGGAAAUGGCCUUUGCUGCCAACUGCGGGAUCAGCAUCGACUUCAGCACCACCGGCAUGGACAGCGACCCCCUGUCUCUGCUGUUCUCGGAGGAGCCGGGUUUGGUGCUGGAGGUGAAGGAGGACGACGCGGCCGCCAUCUUGGAGCGGUACCACAGCCAGGGGGUCAGCUGCCGCCAUAUUGGAACCAGUGGAUCCAUAGGGCCCCAUGCUGAGGUAGGGGGGCACAUAGGGUCACUAUAGCGUCACUAUGGGGUU